UUUAGCAGCUUUGUUCCUGCCCCAAAUCUUGCUUGGCUUUUCUACGCCAGCGGUGUGUCACGGAGGUUUGUUAGCGGGUGGGGAGGACCAGAAUCGGGCAACGAUCGACCCUAUUUAACCAAACUGGCAGCAAAUCGGGUCUGGGGGGUCGCCCUGACGAGUUUCAAACUUAUAGAUCGCUUCACCUGUUCUCACAUUUCGGCCCUAGAUUGACCUCUCUUCCAAUGUCGGAUUUCAAGCUCGGGAUUGUUCGACUUGGCCGUGUGGCCGGGAAGACAAAAUACACACUGAUUGAUGAACAGGACAUACCUUUGGUGGAGAAUUAUGCCUUUGAGGCACGCAUGGAGGUAGAUGCAGACGGAAAUGGGGCAAAGAUCUUUGCUUAUGCCUUCGACAUUGGAAAAGGCCGCUGGGCUGGCAGGCCACUGCAUGAGCUACUCUGGGAGAAGCACAGAGGCGGCAUCGCUCCCAGCUUCCAAGUAGUCCACAUAAACUCUGUGACAGUGGAUAACCGUCUGGACAACUUGCGACUAGUCCCCGUGGGUUGGAGUCCCAAGCCAGAGGAAAUCUCCAGCAAGCAAAGAGAACAGUCUCUGUACUGGCUGGCUAUCCAGCAAGUACCAGCUGACCCAGUAGAAGAGCAAUACCUAGAGCUCAGUCGGACCCGCUAUUACAACGCUAAUGGAGAACUGGUGGAGGAGGAGGAGUGCUCCUGUACUUACUACGAGUGUCAUUACCCACCCUGUUCGCUCAUUGAGAGGAGACUCAGAGAGUUCAACAUCUGUGGCCGCUGUCAGGUAGCUCGCUACUGUGGUUCCCAAUGCCAGCAGAGGGACUGGCCCGCCCACAAGAAGCAGUGCCGUGAGCGCAAAAGGGUCCUGGCGCUGGAAUCUGAACCUGAGCGAUGAUCUCUGAAUACACCACCCAAAUAGGGGAAUGGGGAGGGGAGGGGGGGGGGGCUGGAAAUGAAGUGCAAAGAAAAAAAAUCUGCUGACAGACACUGGUGACAGAAGAUGUUGGUUGGUAGAGUGGGGAGAUAAAAGAAAAAAAAGAAAAAAAUAACCCAACGUCAACCGUUUCCCAGAACUGGCAAGUCUCCAUAAAUUGCUUUACAUGUCAAUGGGAAUGAUGGGAACUGUAUUUUUGGGGUUUUCCAAAGAGGGAAAUCCUCCUUGAGCUCUACCUGCUGCUAUGGAUUUGUAUGUUUAAGAAGUCACAUGGAUAAACUGUCUUUUGGACUGCAAUUGAUUAUUGCCCGUUGUCAUCAGCUUUCUCCUUCCUUCCUUUUACCCACCAACCAGUAAUGACGCUUGUACAGGGACAUGGACCUUUUCACUGUACUGCUUAUUCCUGUUGGACCGUUGGUGUACAUACUCCGUCACCUCCCUGUUAUGCUCGAAGACCAACGUACAGGAGCUAGAUUUAGCGUGCUGUAACACACUAGCAGUGUUGUGUGUCUGCCGCAUUAUGAACUGAAGGACAUGGAUGAAGUGGUGAACGUAGUAUAUGUAUUUUCUGUUCCCUUUGUUUUUGGGUUGGGUUAUCAAUUUUGGACAUUAUCACUUGUGAACACCUGUGUAGAACAUCCCUGAAUGAAUCCCUUUGUCCCUUGAUGCAGUCUGUUCAGUUGCCCCUCCAGAUGCUCACACAAUCCCUGUUGCUAACAUUUGAGGGAUUCUCUGGGAAACGUUCAAGCCCAGAUUGGCCAUUGGUCAGACUACGUCCGUUUGUUCUAGAUAUCGUAUGAAAAAGCCUAAAUUAAAUUCCACUUGUUUUCUACAUGUCAUUAAAGAACUGUUCUGCCUUGAAUUUAUCAUAGAUUAAAUAAUGCAUUUUCCAGAUCAGCCCGUCAGUCUACUAUUAAUGCACAAUUGCGUUUGUCUUCCUGUUGUCUUAGGUGAUAAAUCCUGACAAACACUCAGAUAUAGCAUGUAACAAGCAGACAGAUGUUAUACAGUGGAUAUAGAAAGUCACCACCCCCUUUGAAAUGUUUUUUGCUUUACUGCCUGAAAUGAAAAUGCAUAAAAUCAGACUUUCUGGAUAUAUUUACGCACGGUAACCCGCAAUAACCAAGUGGGAAGAAAACAUCUAAAAAUAAUUAAUUGAAUGAAAACUGUAAAGGAAAAAAAAGUGAACUCCCUGAGUUAAUACUUAGUGGAACCACCAAUUAAAAUACGACUCCACUGACCUUGCUCACCUAGGCUGUGCAGUAUCUCCCCAUUCUUGCAGAAUUGUUCAAGCUCAGUCAAAUUGCACGGUGACCUCUUAUGGACUGCACUCUUCAAGUAAUUCUGCAGUUUCUCAAUGGUUUUUAGGUCCGGCCUCUGCCUAGGCCACACAAGGAUAUUUGGCACCUUGUCCUUCAGCCACUGUAUGGUUGCUUUGGUGGUGUGCUUUGGUCAUUAUAAUGUUGAAAUGUAAAUCAUUUUCAACUUCCUGGAAGAGUGUUACAUCUUAUGAUUGUCAUUUUUUUUUUGCACUGUCCAUUUUAAUUUCUCUCCUGACAAUUGCCCAUGUCCUGUCUGAAAAGAAACGCCCCCACAACAGAAUGCUGCCACUGCUUUGCUUUACUGUAUCUAUGGUAUUUCUUGGGUAGAAAGAUGUAUUGGUUUUUCACAGCACCUUUUGCCAGUAGGCUUCAGAUUAUACAAUGUGCUUUUUGGCAAAGCUCAAAUGAGACUUGAUGUUGCCUUUUUUCCCCCUUUUUUUCUUUCUUGCCACCCUCACAUAGAGGGUGGGUUUGUGAAGAACUUAUUAUAUUAUGGUCACAUGCACAACUUCACCAGUCUUUGCCAUAAAGGCCUGAAGCUCUUUCAAAGUUGCCAUUGGCCUCUUUGAUCAGUCACCUCCUUGCCCGGUCAUCCAGUUUAAAGAGAGAGCUUGAUCUAUGCAAGGUCUGGGUGGUGCCAUACACCUUCCAAUUCUUAAUAAUGGUCUUCACUUUGAAUUGCACUAUGAAGCAGUGGAGUCCUAUGAACGGCUCCUUUUCGUCUCAGCUAAUCAAGUUAAGUCACUACAAUUGAUCACAGGAGUCAAUUAGCUUGAAUUGUGAUCUUGGAAUGUGCUUGGUUAUACCUCAUUGCAAUUCUAAGGUGGGGUGUUUACUCAUCCAGCUAUGUUAUUUUUUGGUUUUGAUUUUCAGAUGUUUUUGGAAUUGUUUUUCAUUUGAUAAUAUGGGUUCCGGUGUGUGAAUAAAAUCAGACUUUCGCUUU